AACAGCCGAGCCUCUGCUCCUCAUGGAUCCAGUCUGCGCAGAGAGAAGACUAGCUGCUCAGUCAAAGCGCCACAAAAUGACCCCAGAUCGGUAGGACCACCCUCCCCCCGAGGUGGACGUGGGGAGGAUGGAUCCUGUCUCUGUGAGAGGACAAAGCUCAGAGGGGAUGGAGAUGGACGAGCCUCCUGAAGAUGAGAAGAAAACCCAGCGUGCUCGUCAGAGUGAGAUCCCGCAGGUUUCUCUGUGCCCGCCUGACAGCUCCGAGGAGGCCCAGCUGACAAUCUUCCAGUCUGAAGGGGAGCUCUGCGACAGCUGCAGCAGCCUUGGCAGACCUUCUUCCUCCUUCCAGCUUUAUCACCAAGUUCCUCAGCGUAUUCAGGCUGGAGACUGUGAUUCUCCACAGCUCCGAAAAUGCCCGCACUGCAGCCGACUUGGGCCGGUCAAACCGUACAGCUGUCACUCAAGCGGUCCCUGUGCCGAGGGAGGGUUAGCGGCGAAGGCAGGAUGCAGCUGUGGUUCUGCCCGUCAGACGCCCAGCCACAGGCCGGUGAGGUGUCACUGGCUGCACGGGUCCAACGAAGGCAGGACACAGAAACUGAAGCAGAGACACGUAGUGACAGUGAGGGACGGAGGGCUUUACUGCGUAGUUAAAAAUUAUUCCCAGGUGAUAGUGGAGUAUCCACUGGCAGUCCUCCUGGGCUGCACCCUGGUGCUGCUGGGGUUCUCACUGGCCGGACUGUUCGUCGGCCCUCUGCCAGAUUUCUCUGAUCCACUGCUGGGUUUCGAGCCGCGGGGAACAUAUCUCGGGGUUCGGCUGUCCAGUUUGUCUAAGCUGCAGGAGAACACUGGUCCGGGGAAGACUCUGUCUCUUUUACCCCCACAGCUCAGAAAAAGCCUCAGUAGAUCUGCAGACGUUCUCAGCAGAGGCAGUAACAGCAGUCAGGUCACCUCCAGAGGUCGGACUAAGAGGAUGCUGGCUGCAGAUUUGUCUCCGCACACUUUCCUCUGUGACGCUCCAGAUGAGCGUUUUGCCCAGUUGGUGUUCAGAUCUGAAAACUCAGCCAGUCUCUGGAGUCUGAAGGCGAUCCACGCCAUGUGUGAGAUGGAGCAAUCCAGGAUUCGCUCCCAGGCUGAGUUCCAGGACCUGUGCCAGCAGCAUGAGGGUGUGGACGGCGAGGGAACGUCGAGGAGCGGCUGUUGUCCCAGCUGGUCUCUGGGGAAUUACUUGGCGGUCCUCUCAAACGCCUCCUGCUGCCUCAGCCUUACCUCACAGCAGAUUUUGGAGUCUUUAAACCUUCUUCGAAAAUGUGCCCUGUACUAUCACAAAGGGGAUCUCAUGGAGACCUGUGUCGAGACGCCCAAACACGGCAGCUGCUCCUCUGUUCCCUCCUGCUGUAAACAAUCCCGCGUGGUGUUCCAAAUCCUGCACUUUCUCGUAGACAAAGACUUCCUCAGCCCGCAGACGGUUGAAUACCAAAUCCCAACACUGAAGUACAGCCUGCUGUUUCUACCCGUUGACAAGGGAGAGCACAUGAUGGAGAUCUACAUGAACAGUCUCGAAGGCAGGGAUCUGACGUACAAUAAUACAACUAUAACUGGCAUAGACUUUGGCAUCAAGAAGACCCUCUUCAAGUAUUACCUGGCGAGAGAUUCAGUAUACCCAGUCCUAGCCGUUUUCUCUCUCCUGUUCACCAUGGCAUUAUACCUCCACUCUUUCUUCAUAGUAGCAGUAUCUCUUCUAGCAAUCACAGCUUCCCUUCUAACCUCAUAUUUCUUCUACAAAGUAGCAUUUCGCCUGACCUUCUUUCCCAUGGUCAACUUCUCAGUAGCUCUGAUUCUCUUAGGAAGUUGUUCCAAUCAGGUCUUUAUCUUUUCUGACUUCUGGAAGCUGCAGCUAACGCAGAACCCCUCGGCGUCCCUGGAGAAGAGAGUAAACAGAGCCUUGCAGGAAAUGGGCUGGUUGAUUUUGGCAUCAGGGUUGACCUCCAGUGCAGCGUUUUUCUCUGGUUAUCUCAGCAGCAUCACAGCAAUCAGAUGCUUCUCUGUUUAUCUCGGAACUUCCUCUCUCAUCAACUCACUGUUGGCGUUAAUGUGGCUGCCGUGCUCUUUCGUUCUGUGUGAGCGCUUCAGAAAGUCGCCCUCGGCGUCAGGGGCGAUGCAAGCAUGGAAGUCCUGCUGCGUCAAAAACGCGAGCAGCUUCUGGGACGCGAGUUCACGCAAGAGAUGCAUCUUCAGUGUCGUGCAGAAGCUACGAGAGUUAAAACAAGCUCUGUCAGACACGUCUAAUUUGUUGUUCCUGAAAAUCCUGCCUUGUGGAGUUGUAAAGUUUCGGUACAUCUGGGUGUGCUGGUUUGCAGUGCUGGCAGCUGGUGGUACGUACAUGUCCUGCGUCGACCCAGGCAUGAAGUUGUCCUCUCUUGAAAGCUGGGUCACCCAGCUUUUCCGCUCCAGCCAUCCGUUUGAGAGAUACGACGCAGAGUAUCGGCACAUGUUCAUGUUUGAAAGGCAGAGAAAUGGGGAGGAUAAACCCGUUACGUUAACGCUUGUUUGGGGAGUCAAACCCACUGAUAACGGAGACCACUUUAACCCAGACAGCAACGGCUCUUUAGUUUUUGACACUGACUUCAACAUGAGUCGACCUGAAGCGCAGGUUUGGUUGAGGGAUCUAUGUAGACGGGUUCAGAACCAAAGCUUUUAUUCCCCUCCAUCACCAGAGAUUAAAGAUGACAUGACAGAUAACGUCUGUCUUGUGGAGCAGCUGGUGAGCUGGAUUUCCAUCAGGAGGUGCUUAGAAAAUGAUGACACCCUUCAUUUUUGCUGUAACAUCACUUUCCCGUACACUCCCAGCGAUUUUGAGAGCUGCCUCAAUAUGAUGCUGGCAGAGAUGUACGCUGAAGGCCAUCCUGUUAACGGUGGAGGCGUGUACUUCCAGCCGGACGGCAGAAUUGCUGCCCUUGUGUUGGCAUUCAAAACCACAUACCUCAACAGCUUCAACUUCAGCAGGACCAGCGUUUUUUACAGGGAAAUCCUGGCGUGGUUUAACAAAGAGAUGUCAGGAGCACCACAAGGGCUGGAGAAAGGCUGGUUCAUCAGCCAGUUGUCUCUUUUUGACCUGCAGCAGUCUUUAAGUUCAGAGAUUCUGGUAGUAGCUGGCUUCUCUAUAGCUCUGACUUUUGUUUUGUUCCUUUCAACCACCUGGAAUAUUCCACUGAGCAUCUACGCCACUGUCGCUGUGGGAGGGAGUGUGUUUGUCAGCACUGGCCUCCUUGUUCUGCUUGAAUGGCAGCUGAGUGGCAUUGAGGCUCUGUUUAUAUCCUCAGCUGCAGGGUUGUCUGUUGACUUUGUAGCAAAUUACUGCAUAUCAUACAGCCUGGCUCCACAUUCAGACAAAAUUGGAAAAGUUGCGCACUCCACUAAAAAGAUGGGGUGUCCUGUAGCAAUAGUUUCUGGGGCAUUUUUCUUUAUGGGGAUCAUCAUGUUACCUACCACAGCCUUACAUUUCAGAAAAACUGGGAUUUUCUUGUUUCUAGUGAAAUGUGUCGCGUGUGGAUUUGCGACCUUCUUUUUCCAGUCCCUGUGCUGUUUUUUCGGACCCAGAGAAAACUGUGGAACGAUUGCGCUGCCGUGCUUUUCAGCGCAGACGGACGCUGUGCUGACCGCUUAUUCUGAACCAUCGACAGCUUCAGCUGCCAACGGGGCCUUUGGCAGAUUGAGAAGGAGACGGAGUCAUGACAAAGAGGCGUGUGGUUACCUUUACCCUAACCAGCAGAAUCAGCACAGGCAGAAACCGAGUGGAGGUGCACGGGCAGAGCAGUACGAGCUGCAGCCGUUGGCUUAUCGCCGGAGUGACAGCUUUGAGAACAGCACGUGCACCAGUAAGCUAUCUAACCGGCCCUCUGUGCUCUCAGAUGAGAUUGAGUAUUGUGUAGGCGAUGUAGAGAAGAAUGGCAUGGACAGGGAAAGUGAAGAAAUGUGCAGUCAGCAGAUGGGUCAACAACCGCCAGCUGUCCAGACGUCAUCUCCUUACAGAGAAAACACCCUCCGCCCUGCAAGCCUGCUGCAAAAAGACCCUUCUACAGGAAAGCUGCUGUGUAAAACCUGCAUGGGUCAGUCGGUUGGGGCAAAGCUGUGGAGCAAUACCUCCUACUCCUCAUCCUCAAGCAUAGAGGAGACCAUCAUCAGCCACACAAUGGAGACCACAGACCAGCCGUCUGUCUGCAAAGAUGCAAACCCCACAAAGGAGGGACUGAUUGAGCACAAAGGGGCCCACUCCUCCCAGUCUCAGAGCUCCUGUGAGGGCCUGGAGGACUCCUGUGAGGGCCUGGAGGACUCCUGCGAAACAUGUCUGAGUGACCUCGAAGCAGGACCUUCAAACCUGCAACAACACGAGGCAGAGCUUCAGCUACAGCCGGGACACCUCAACGGAAAGAGAGACACGCUGAGGCUCUCACUGAAAGAAACCGUUUAUGAAAGCUGUGGGAAGGACCGUGCUGGCAGGAGUGAGGAGGUGGUCAUUUUGCCCAACAGUAAAUCGGACUUACCAGACGUUUGGAUAAAGCGAGAUGGCAAGCGAGAGGAUGCAUGCUGAGCAACGU